AGCAGGACUGCUUGUUGCCCGGCAAGGACGGGCUCACUUCCUGAACGCCUUAGCCAGCCGGCAGGACAGUAGGGCUGCUGUUAGGUUUGGAGGCUGGAAGCCUCACCUUCAUUUCUGUGCGGCAGAGCGUAGGGGAGAGGCGCCUGGCGCCCUGCAGGAUGGAGAGAGAAGGAGACAGCUUGGUGAAGGUGUUUAACCUGCUGACUGUGAUGGAAGACAGCAGGGCCUCUCACAAGCAGCAAGCCAAGGACAGACCUUCUCCCAAAAGCUACUCUGCCUCCUCCGGGGUGGGACAGCUCAAACCGUUCUCUCCAGGCCUUCUUGGGACCCCAGAAGGGUCCUGGCAAAGUGAAAGUCUGGAAGAACAACUGGGACCUGGCCAUCGGGCAGUCAGCACCAGGUUACUGAGCUCCCUGAGGAAUAAGAUCUCAGGUGGAGUCUGGAGGAAGUCAUGUGAAGCUACAGUAAACAUCAGGAAGCAGCUGCAGGAGCCAGAAGAGAAUAAAAUUGUCAGGGAGCUCCUGGAGACAGAGCAGGCCUAUGUGUCCCGCCUCCAUCUGCUGGAUCAGGUUUUCUUUGAGGAGCUGCUGAAGGAAGCUCGUAGCAGCAAGGCUUUCUCUGAAGAUGUUGUUAAACUCAUCUUUUCCAACAUCUCCUCCAUUCACCAAUUCCACUCCCAGUUCUUCCUCCCAGAGCUUCAGAAGCGAGUGGACGAAUGGGCUGCCGUCCCCCGCAUUGGUGACGUGAUCCAGAAACUGGCGCCCUUUCUGAAGAUGUAUGGCGAGUAUGUGAAGAACUUUGAGCGGGCAGCAGAGCUGCUGGCCAUAUGGAUGGAGAAGUGUCCACCCUUCCAAGAGGUCAUCGCUCGAAUCCAGAACAGCGAGGUCUCUGGCAACCUCACCCUGCAACAUCACAUGCUGGAGCCCGUGCAAAGGAUCCCUCGCUAUGAGCUGCUGCUGAAGGAGUAUGUGCAGAAGCUGCCCCCUGAUGCCCCGGACCAGGCAGAUGCCCAGAAAGCUCUGGACGUGAUCUUCUCUGCUGCUCAGCAUUCUAACGCAGCCAUCACUGAGAUGGAGCGUCUACAGAACCUGUGGGAUGUGUACCAGCGUCUGGGCCUUGAGGACGAUAUUGUGGAUCCCUCCAACGAAUUGCUCCAGGAAGGCCCCAUCCAGAAGAUCUCCUUCAGACAUAGCAGCACCAUGGAGCGAUACUUGUUCCUGUUCAACAAUAUGCUGCUGUACUGUGUACCUAAGGUGAUUCAGGUUGGGGCUCAGUUCCAGGUGAGGACACGAAUAGAUGUGGCUGGGAUGAAGGUCCGGGAACUGAAUGAUGUGGAAUUUCCUCACUCUUUCUUGGUGUCCGGGAAACAGAGGACCCUGGAACUACAAGCCCAGUCUCAGGAAGAAAUGAACAGCUGGAUCCAGGCUUGCCAGAGGGCCAUUGACCAAAUUGGGAAGAGGCACGAAACCUUCAAAGCCGCGGUCCAGGGGCCUGAGGGAGACACAGAGGAGCACCAGCUGAAGUCUGAAGAGCUGGGCAUCAGAGCUCCCCAGUGGGUCCGUGACAAGAUGGUGACCAUGUGCAUGCGCUGUAAGACGCCCUUCAAUGCCCUCACCCGAAGACGGCACCACUGCAGGGCAUGCGGCUAUGUGGUGUGUGCUAAGUGCUCUGAUUACAGAGCUAGGUUGAAAUACGACGACAAUCGGCUCAACCGGGUCUGCCUCGAGUGUUACGUCUUCCUCACCGGAAACCUCCUGCCAGACGACAAGGAAGAUAAGAAGAAAGGGAUCCUGGAGAAAGAGUCUUCGAAGGUAUCGGAACAGAGCCUAAUGUGCAGCUUCCUGCAGCUCCUGGGAGACAAGUGGGGGAAGGGCAGUAGCCGAGGCUGGUGUGUCAUCCCCAGAGAUGACCCCCUGGUGCUUUACAUCUAUGCUGCCCCACAGGAUAUGAAAGCUCACACCUCCAUUCCCCUGCUGGGGUACCAGGUGACCAGUGGACCCCUGGCCGAUCCCCGAGCAUUCCAGCUCCAACAAUCUGGUCUGGUCUACUCAUUCAGGGCUGAAUCUGAGGACCUAAAGGGGCAGUGGAUGAAGGCCAUAGAUCGGGCAGCCAGAGGUCCGAGCUUCACCAGAGCAGAGGGUGAACUGUCAGACUGAACUGGGAUCUUUCCCUAGUCCUGGCUUCCCCAGCUCCGGCACAAUCCGCGUUCAACUCUCCAAGCCCGCCACAGAACAGGCAGCUGAGAUACAAACCCCAACGCCAGACCCCCGGACAACUGGCCCUGCAUACUGUGCCUCAGAUAAUGCCCUGCAAUGGAGCUCCCCAGGGACCUCUCUCCUCCCUCUCCCAGAAGCAGAGCGAGGAGCGCUUGGCAUGGAAGGGUCAGGCAGCGGCUAAAACACACCACGUCCACGAGAGGGCGGGCCACCACCACGGAGCACAUCCCCUCACAUCGUCCUCUGCUUUAGAAUCACAGAAUGCCUCCUUCUUCGUUUUAUACACAUAAACUCCUUUGCCUAGAGGAGACCGGUGGACUCCCUCCGAGAGGGUGCUUGAGCAACAAACAGCAAUAAUAGAUAACAUUUAUGUGGCGUCUUUACAUUUGAUCCUCCUAAUAAGUCUGUGAGGUAGGGGCUAUUAUUAGC